AUGUCUGGAAAAGCAAAAAGAGUAGCAGUCGUCGGGGCCGGGCCUGCCGGGGCCAUUUCCGUCGAUGCACUCGUCAAAGAGCAGGCUUUCAGCGUGAUUCGCGUCUUCGAGAGGAAGCCCGUCGCCGGCGGAACAUGGGUGUUCAACCCGGAUCUCGAGCCGCGAAUCCCGUCGCUGCGAGACGUGGUAGAGGGCAAGGCCGACGCUCCGGUGCCAAUCCCAUCACAGUUCCCGGCAGAGACACCAAGAUCCGAGGCCGUGAAUGGCCACGACAGCCGAUUCACGCACACGGCGGUGUGGGACCACCUCCACAGCAACAUACCGCCGUCGGUCAUGGACUACACCCAGGAGCCGUUUCCGAACAUCGUCUCGGAGCAGAGCCUCUCGCGGUUUGGCCCAGACGCCCCGUUCCGGCACCGAUCCGUCAUCCGAGACUGGGUGGAGAACAUCUUCGUCCAAGCAGGCCACACGAAGCUCGUCGAGUUCAGCACGACGGUGGAGCUGGCCGAGCAGCGAGGCGACGAGUGGAUCCUCACGUUGCGCAAGGAGAUCCCCGGCAAAGACAAGGACGUGUGGUGGCAAGAGACGUUUGACGCGCUGGUGGUGGCGUCGGGUCACUACUACGUGCCCUUCAUCCCCAACAUCCCCGGCCUGAUCGAGUACGACCAACGCUUCCCGGGCCGCAUCCACCACAGCAAACACUACCGAUCCCCCGAGCCCUUCAGAAACAAGCGCGUCGUCGUCGUCGGCGGCGCCAUCUCCGCCAUCGACAUCCUCCAAGACAUCAAAGACGCCGCCCAGCAGCCCGUCUACGCCUCCCUCCGCCAGCCCGUCCCCUCGCUCGGCUGGGUCCCCUUCCAGCACCCGCAUAUCGCCACCAAAAAAGAAAUCACUCGCUUCGACCCGGACUCGGGCGCCAUCCACUUCGCCGACGGGACCUCCCUCCCGUCCGUCGACGCCGUCGUCUUCGCGACGGGCUACGCCUUCACGCUGCCGUUCCUGCCGCACGUCGACAUCGUCCAGCGGCGGCGCAUCCCGGGCUUGUACCUGCACGUGUUCCGGAUCGACGCGGACCCGACAACGACGGCGACGGCGACGCAGCCGGCGCCGCCGCUGGUCUUCAUCGGCGCGGUCGCGGGCGGCUUCACGUUCCGCGCCUUCGAGUGGCAGGCCGUGGCCGCGGCGCGCGUGCUGGCAGGGCGCGCGGCGCUGCCGGGCGCGGACGCGAUGAGGCGGUGGGAGCGGGCGCGGCUGGAGGAGCGCGGCGAGGGGAGGCCGUUUUACACGCUGGCGCCGGAUUGGGAGGGGUAUUUUGAGGCGCUGAGGGAGGUCGCGGGCGAGCCGGCGGAGGGGACGACGGGGAGGGUGUUGCCGAGGUUCGAUGGGCGGUGGGUGAAGACGUUUGAGGAGGUGUUGGAGGUGAGGCUGGGGUGGUGGAGGGGGGAGGCGGAGAGGGCGAGGCAGAGGCAGAGGCAGAGGGAGAGGGAGGCGAGGGAGGGGGCGAAGGCGAGGUUGUAG